AUGGCCUAUCCCAUCCAGCCCCCACGGCCCAGCCUCGACAGCGCCAUAGCCAGCAGCGACGACCUCGACGACGCAGACACCGCCGAAAGCAUCGAGAACAAGCUCGCUAUCGAGCGGAGGGUCCAAUAUGGUGCAGAGAAGAUGCUCGAUGUCAUUGAGAAAAAGGGCGGCUCGGACAGCGGAGAUCAAGCAAAAGUCAAAGCAAACAUCACGUCGCAGCUGGAAGCUGCCAACCUCCAUAUCAAAGCUUUGGAGACCAAACUGGAGAAACUUCGAGGUACCCCACAACGAGCCCGACGUCGCCAACAGCCACGCCUGAAUGGAUAUCCAUCCUCAAACUCCCUGAAUCCUCUAUCCUCCUCCAUCUCGUCCUCGGCUCUUGCUUCAGCGCAGCGUCCCCGUGCUGUCAGACAACAUUCCAACCUUACUCCCAAUAGGGAACGCGAAGACUCUUCUCCUGGUGGUUAUUUCACGCAAACGACCCCAUCUCGCGGUCUCCCGAGCCAUCCUACCUCGUCGACGUUGGCUAGCUCGAGUGGAAGUGCGAGUGCGAGUAGGCCUCGAAGUCGUAGCGCAGGAGAGGAUGUAUUAUGGGGCGAUGAGUCGUCUUGGGGUCAAAGCUCGGGGAGGUUGGUGGAGGAUGAGACCACUGCUGUACUGCUUGACAGCUUUAGAAUGUUGUUGAUGCGUUUGAGGGAGAUUGGGAGGAGUAAGGGAAAGGAGAACGAGAACAAAGGGCUGGAUGAGAGUUGUGCGGUGCUCAUCAAACUGGGAGACCUUUUGAAACGCUCUGAAGCGUUGAGACGGAGUGUUGAGGUGGAAGAUACGAUUCAGCACGUUCUCCCUUCUCUAUGCGACACUUCCACCACUAAACGCCGUGCGGCCGGCUAUCGCGUACUGCGCUACAUCCUCACUCGUCGCUCUUGGGCCAACAUGCUAUCCUCCGGCCUCGAAUGGCUCCUCAUCCGCACCUUCACCCGUGACGCUAAGGCUGUACAUGAAAGAGAACAAGCCCUCCGCCUGGUGCGAGAUGCCAUGGUAAUGCCUGUCAUACUACCAGAACCUGAAAGAAUGGACUCGUCGCCGAUGAGGAAAAGAUCGCAUUCACGAUCGAGUCAGGCGAGAGAGGGAUUUCACGGGGGCAUGGGACCGCUGGUCGAGGAGGGGCCUUUCACCAAAGUAUCGGGUGACAAGGUGUCACUGACGGAUGGGCUAGUGCGGGCUAUAGUGAGCGUGGCGGAGAAUCCGGACGAUGCCAUGCGGACUGUGUGCAUGGAGACGCUGGUCGAGAUUGGCUUACUUGAUCUGAGAUGCCUGGUAAGAUCCCAGGCUUUCCGCACAGUCCUCCUCACCUUCAAAGACGGUCCCAUGGAGCUUGGCCCAGCCAUCACGGGUCUCCUCGUGCACUCUAUCAACAGUCCCUCUACGCGGCAGCUGCUGUUGCCUGGCUCUGAUCUUGAGGCAGUACUCGUAGGACUGACAGAAGCAUACGGCAAGAUUCCUACAAGACUGCAUAAUAAACAUUUGGAGAGUUUGCAGCAGUGCGUAGCGAAUAUCACAAUGUUGCUUGGAUCCUGGCCUGGUCUCAUAUACAUGUGCCAUGAUGAUCGGAGAGCAAUCAAAAGCUUGAUCAGCUCCCUGCACGUGCCGAAUGCUGAAAUGCGAGAUGCUCUAAUCAACCUCUUUUUCCAAGCUCUUCGCAUAAAGAUGCCGAAACAUAUGGACGCCUUCCUGGAUGGGAAGCGACUAACCGUUUACAACCGUACGCAAGAGGCUACGAGCCAACAGCUCUUGGACGGUGCCAACGAAGAAGAAGAGGCCCGUACUCUUACACUUGUCGACCACUUUGUGGCGAUGUUGCUCACGAUCUGUAUCGAAUCUGGGCUUCUUGAGGCUCUGAUAGCGGUUAUCGAAGAAGGAAACUCGACAUUGAACCGAAAAGCAACACUGCUGCUAGGCGAGGUGCUACAGAUGGCCAACAGGGUACUGCCCAUGCAAUUUGCAGCUCAACUUCAGGCAAGACGACUUCCAAUGUCUUUACCUCAACUGUUUGCCGAAGCAACAGACUUUGCCAAUCCGAGCGAGCGCAUAGCAGCUUUAUCGGCACUCUCAUCCAUCGACAGCCUUACACGUAACCAGACGAGAGCAGUCAAGCGAGCCGCGGCAGAUAAGACUACAGUGUCGUCGUUACAGCAAGAUUCGCUCAUGAGAGGACAGAGGCAGGUUCAACAGGUCAAGCUUCGGCUGGGCUUGCAAAUCGAAGACAAACAAUUCCAGCAAAUGAUUGUUGAUUCCGGACUAUUGCUUCAUCGCGAGCACACGAAAUGGAAUUAUGAAGUCAUCAUGGACCUGAUCGAAGGCCCUUUGAUGAACCCCAAAAGAAUGGACGAAGCCAUCCGAGCAACCAAGUUUAUCAGGCGACUGCUCUCUUUCUUCCAUCCGUACAACAAUCGUUUUUCCACCGUCAAACGCACCAGACCAAAUUACAAAUGGGUCAAGCUGGGUUGUUCUCUGAUUUCUACAAUGUUGAGCACCUCGGAAGGGCUCAGAUACCUGAUGGAAGACAAGCUUCUGAGGCAACUUCUUGAUUGCUUCAACGAGCUCGAUCAGUAUGUUGGCCAGCCUACAGCUCAACCACUCUUUUCUAAGGACAGGAUUGAGAACACCUUGACGUAUGGGUACUUCGAGAUGAUAGGGACCAUGAGCAAGCACUGGGACGGUAUGCGACUGAUGGAGAAAUUCAAGUUUUUCACCUGUUUCUAUCACCUGAGUGAGCAGCGGAGCCGUGACGACAUUAUCAGGAUCAUCAUCGAGUGUUUCGACUACACUCUUGAUGGCCAUCCGAGAAUUGUCCUAUCAAAAGCUCUCACAUCUUCCUACAUGGAAACUCGUCUCUAUGCCACCCAUCACCUUGGCCGCCUCUUGCACGAGCAUCCUUUUCUGAUGGAUUGGGGUCUCCAGUUGAUGAUCACUCAGCUGUAUGACACAAGCAUGGAGGUUUGCGAUGUGGCGGUCAUGUAUUUGGAAGAGGCCUGUACUGAGUCACAGUGCUUGGAGAAGGUUGUCGCGCUGAGGCCCACUCUCGAGCAUUUGGGAGACGUUGGACAUCCGUUGUUUAUGCGGUUUGUAUCGACCAGUGUUGGUUUCCAGUACCUCAGCCAGGCUCAAUAUAUCGAGCGAGAGCUUGACAGCUGGCUUACUGAGCGUAAUAUAUUGUAUGUCAUCGAAGCCGAAACAUUCGUCUCGAAGACCAUCCGCCCCUGGUCAAGUGAUCUGGUGGAAGACUACUGGGAGUAUGAUGGUCUCGCCCCCACGCACUUUUUGGGCGAGCUCACGAAGACUCCUGACGGCUGCGAGUUGCUCAAGAGUCGUGGUAUCGUGGCAGAGUUUGCUGAGAUCGUCAGGCUACAUGGGAUGGAAGACGAUGAUGCGUCCGUCCUGAGAGAUUUGAAAAGUGCCCUGUGGGCAUUGGGAAACAUCGGCUCUACUGAAGGUGGUCUACCAUUUUUGGAGGACGAAGAGAUCAUCGAAGACAUAGUCGAAGUCGCUGAGCACUCUGCGGUGCUGACUAUUCGAGGGACUUGCUUCUUUGCCAUUGGUUUGAUCUCUUCCACUCGUAUGGGGGCGGAGAUCCUGGAAGAAUUUGGCUGGAUCGCAACCCGCACUCCUCUAGGGCAUACAACAGGGCUCUGUCUGCCCAACGACGUGUCCCGCUUCGUGAAUAUUGAUCCCUGGACUCCUCCAGACUUGCGCGAAGCGCCCCUCCCUUUACCGAAGCUUCACGGCGUCGAAAAAGAGAUCAUCAUCUCUAUAUCGAAAUUGUCCAACUACGUGCUCGCGGCUGGAGCCAUGAACAAUCUGAAACGCAUUCGGACGCGGCACCCUAGAUAUUUUUCUUCGGUCACCUUGUUCCACCGCGCGCUUCAGACAAUAUCAACCAAUCAUUUCCAAGCGCCAGUCAGACGCUUCAUACUGGAACUGUUUGAGGUCAAGCUCGACAAACAUGAACUGAUACAGCUGGCCGGCCUGGAGAUGAAUAUCUGGAGGACAAGGGAGGGUGAACGCGCCCAAACCAUUGCGUUUGAGGAGCAUGGUAAUGGAACCCCUCCCGAGGAAUACUUGGGAAGCGAGGCGGAGUCCGAAGAGUUCAAGGAAAGGCAAGGGCGGCGUCGCUCCGCGAGCUUGCCUGGCCAAUUCCUCGGACCCUCGUCCCUCACUGAUAACGCGGGAGCGCGGGCACGUGGUAUUACCAUCAGCGACGUCGAACGACAGAGAGUCGAGGAUGCGCAGGCCGCAAGGACGUCUGUUCCAUCUCAAAAGUCAGAGAGAAUGUCGGUCGACAAUGUUGACGAUCAGCUGAAGGAGAAGAAGGUCGGCUGGGUAGAGGCGGCUGAGUCUCUAGAGGAAGUGGAUAGAGAUCAUGAGAGAGCAGCGCCACUUCUGCUAGCCCCUGAAAUACAUAUUGAGCCGGAUAGGAUUGGCAGUGUAAGUGCCAGGGUCGACGGAGAGACGGAGUGCGGGACGAAAAACAGCACGGUGGAUGGCCAAAAUAAAGCCAAGCAGCACGUGCGCGGUUUCUCGGUGGUGCCAGCAGACCUGGUGGGAAGGCCUUCAUCUGUCGUCUCAUGA